AUGUCAGAAAAACGUUCUAACAACUCUUCUUCAAUCAAAAGUUCAAGUAAAAAGACAAAAGCUUUAACUAGAGGUGAGAAACACACUAAAACCAGUUGGAUCUGGAAACAUUUUAAAGAAGGUGUAGAUAAAGAUAACACUCCCGUAAUAAUAUGUCAAGAAAAAAAAGAUGAUGGUACUAAAUGUGGUACACA